UGUCGUGGGAUUAAUAUAGUACAUGCACUUUAACUUAAUUAAUAAAUACUGUCCACUUCACUGAGCAUGAAAUGGAGUGAAAAGGGACAUUUUGCUAUCAUUUCUGGCAGUUGACCGGCUGACUGAUUGAAUUGUUGGAAUAGAUUUAUAUUAUAUGUACUAUCAGUUUUUACCUGUCUAGAGACUUAGUAUUUGUCUGUCUGAGGGAUUUAACCAGUCGACACUUUUACUUCUCAGGAAUGUUUGUGUCAUUAAUGUGCUAAUUAUGAUUUAAUUGGGAUGUAAUAUUUUUUUUCGCUAAACAGUCUGGAUGUUUUUCGCUUUGAUCUCAGCACCUGAAUCUCAGGAGAUAAUUCUUAAAGUACAUCUAGAUGACAGUGAAGAAAGGUGCCUAGAAUUUCCUGUUACUGCAGAAUCUACAUGUGAAGAUGUACUAGCUUGUGUUCAGGAAUCUGGUGAAGGAUCAGCCAUUUUAACACAGCUAUCAAACGGUCAUGAACGUAGACUAGGAGAAUAUGAGAAACUAUAUGAGAUCUUAAGUGAAUGGGAAAAUGACAGACAAGAAGUGAAGUUUUUCUUACGACAUGAGAACAACAAGAACAUUCCUGAGGAGUACAAAGAUGAAAUCCCUCCUGAACCACCGAGUGUAGACCUGUCUUCGGAAGAUGAUUAUAUGUUAGAAGUAGAUGGUCAAAGAAGCCGAUCUAGAAAUGGUAUGAGAGGUCCACCACCUUCAAGGAAUGUGUUACCAGGUGGAGUGGACUUAACCUUGACAGAGCUCCAGGACAUGGCUGCUCGACAACAACAUCAGAUUGAAAGUCAGCAGCAAGUCCUGGUUGCUAAGGAGCAAAGACUCAAAUUUUUGAAACAACAAGAACAAAAACAACAGCAAAUCACAGUAGAAAAUGAACGAUUGAAAAAGUUACGAGACAAGAUUGAAACUCAAGAAAUGAAACUCAGAAAGUUGAGGGAGCUCAGAGGAGAGGUUGAAAAACAGCAAAGUAACAAUGGAAAUUUAAAUUCAGAGCUCGAUAGUGUUAAAGCGUUGUUUACUGAAAAAGAGAAAGAAUUAGUGAUGGCAGUGGCCAAAGUGGAACAAUUAACACAACAAUUAGAAGAAAUAAAAAAAGACAGAGCAAAUCAGAAAAAUGGAGAAAAAAGUGCUGCUGCAAUUGAAUUAGAAAAACUAAAGCAAGAAUUGAUGUUGAGAAAUAAAAUGAAUGAGCAACAGAACUCUAAGUUGAAUGCCCACAGGGAAAUGUUAAGUAAAAGAAAGGAUGAAGUAUCCAAAAUGGAUAACAGAAUUCAAGAACUUCAGCAAAGAUUAAAGAAAAAAAAGGCUCAGCAAGCAGAACAACAUAAGCAAAUGGCCAAUCAAAACAAAGGAUCAAAUCGACCAAUUGGAUCAAAUAUUGCUGCCAUUGAGCCAUAUAUACAAUACUCAAAUAAACAAGAAAAUGGUGAUAUUGAUUUGAAAUCAGAGUUUGCAAAGCAAGACCCAAAAUAUCAAACUCUUCCAACAAAUACAAAGUUUUCUUUACCUGAAAAGUCGAAAAUUUCAAAAGAUAACGAGGGCAAAGAACAAAAUAAUAAUAAUACAACAAAACAAGAACAGAUCAGAAUUCCGUUAAGCGUUAAUGUUAAUUCAGACUCCAAAACUGUGCAAAAUGGAUUUUCUCAAAAUCAGUUAUCAAGUUCAAUAAUAAAAGCUGCUAAGCGGCAUCAGAGUAUGUCUACAACAUCAACUACAAACAGUAUUUCACAAUCAUAUUCUGCUCCCCCACCGAUACCAGCUAGAGCAGCUACAACAAAUCUGACAUACUUAGCACCCAGACCAUUUGGUACAACUUACAGUACUAAUGUGUUAACAAACAGGAUACAUGCACCUGUGUCUUCCGUCAAUGUGAACGAGGAAGUUCGAACAAGUGGAAGUGGACAAAGUUCACCAGCAUCGAGUGAAGGUUCUCAGAAAGAAAUAGCACAUGAUAUGCAUGGAACGUUAAUAAAUGAUCCUUUACAACCAACUGGUGCUCCUACUGUCUAUGUUAAACAUGGACAGGAAACUAAUUCUCAGCAAAAAUCACAUGAUCAAGUGGAUUCUUCUCGCUUUAUCGGUACUAAAAAUAAGGUAGAAAAUGGACAUUCAUCAGCAAAAGAUUCACCACCGAAUUCAAAUUCUGGUGGCUCAGACAAUUCAUUGAAUAGUGUUCCAAAUGGUGGUACAUCAACCAACAUCUCAAAACAGCCUCUAAGGUAUGCAUCCAAGAAUCUUAUAGCAAACACUUACAUGGGUCGUUUAGGAGCUGAAGCCAUGAAAAAAUAUCAACAAAAUUUUAAUAUGUUAUAUAGUGGUGAAGCAAGUGAGAAAACAGACAAUAAAAAGGAUUUGGAAACAAAGGAUCAAAAUAAAAAUGACAAUGUUAAGUCACAGGGCAGUCCGCUAUCACCAACACGGCACGGACAUCAACCUCAACAUGGAUUACAUUCUCCAGGAUCUCCACAUUAUACAGACAUUGCUUCAGAUAAAGUCAGUCACAAUCGGAAUACACCAAGGACUAUUAGACGAAGACAUUCUGAUAGUGAAAAUGAAGAUAUGACUAAACUGCUUCAUAAAUAUAAUGUUCAUUCUCCACAACAUCAACAAAAUGCAUUUAAUUUUAACAAUAUGCAGCAUGAAACACAGGCUACUUCAUUCAUGGAUCAAAUUCCAGAAAAAGUGCCUGUAGAUGAUUUGGGAAAUUUAGUGGAUGUACAAAUGACAGAUGAUAAAAAUAGCGAUUCAAAUACUUCUUCCUCCAUUUCGCCAGUAGAAAGUCCAAAAAUAGAACAAACCACAGUUGUUCGGAGGAAGAAAACGAAUUUGAAACAUGCAAAUUCUAUCAAAAAUGCAAACCGUGUUAGUUUCGAUCCAUUAGCCUUGUUGUUAGAUGCUUCUUUGGAAGGAGAAUUAGAAUUGGUGAAAAGAUGUGCUAGUCAGGUAGCUAAUGUAAGUGAGUCAAACGAUGAGGGAAUUACAGCAUUACAUAAUGCAAUAUGUGCUGGUCAUUAUGAUAUUGUCACUUUCUUAGUGGAGUUUGGUUGUGAUGUAAAUUCUCCUGAUAGUGAUGGAUGGACUCCCUUACAUUGUGCAGCUUCAUGUAACAAUUUACCGAUGGUAAAAUUCUUAGUAGAACAUGGAGCAUGUAUUUUCGCCACAACAAUCAGUGACCAGGAGACGGCAGCAGAGAAAUGUGAAGAGGAAGAGGAAGGAUUUGAUAACUGUUCUGAUUAUCUUUAUAGUAUACAGGAAAAACUGGGUAUCUUAAAUAACGGUGCAGUGUACGCUGUUUUUGACUAUGAUGGCCAAAAUUCAGAUGAACUUAGCUUUACUAUUGGAGAUGAAAUAACAGUCCUUAAAAAGGGAGAUGAACAUGAAAAGGAAUGGUGGUGGUCCAAAAUCUCACAAAAGGAAGGAUAUAUACCCAGGAAUUUAGUAGGGUUAUACCCAAGAGUAUUACCAGACCAGUCCUCCUCAGAUAGCUGAGAUUUGUAAAAUUUACCAGACAGACAAAAGUGCUAUUCAAUAGGGCCUUAUCAGAUUUAUAACGGUGCUCCAGAGACUUAGUAGAUCUGAUUUCCAUGUGAGAGAGUGUAUUUAUUGAUGAGAGACAGUGACAGAUGGAUGUUGAAAAUUUUGUGCAAUAACGAUCAAAUUUGUAUACACAGGCAUUGUAAAAUAGAUUUUUAUAUAUCAUUGUUUUAUAUACUUUACAUUAUGUUUGUAUCAUUUUGUAUGUCAAAAAAUUUCUUGAGUGAAACAUUAAUCAUUUAUUCAUUGUUCUUUAAUAGAUGGGUUUCGAUUGACAAAAUUUGAAAAAGAGUUAUUUUUUCCCUUUUGUCGCCAUUUUGGAGGUCUAUCUGCACAAAUUCAUUCAUAAUUCAGCCAAAUACAACAUGUUAUACUGACUGCUAGACUUAAAAAAAUAAAACAACUUUAAUUUCUUUAAGCCUUGCUUGAUUCAUCAUUUCGAUCUAGUAAGGAUCUCUUAUCAGACUUUGUUGUACCACAUGUUAACUUUUGGUUAGUCAAAUAAGAAAAUGAACCAAUUACCCCUCCAAAAUGGUACACAAGGGAAAUAACUCAAAUUCAAAUUUUGUCAUAUUGAAAACUCUCUAUAAUUGUACUUAAAUAAAACAAAAUAUGUAGGUUACAACUGUCACAUCAUCAGAUAUCUUGGCUCUUCUUUAUUGUUGCACUAAACAUUUUUUAAUGUUUUUGUAUACUGUGAAUUAUAAUUAUUCAUCAAUAUCAAGGUUGGCUUUUGAUGUGAAAUAAAAAGAAAAACUACAAAUGGAAAAAACUUAGUGGAUAAAAAUUUUUGAUUUAUUUAAUGUACUGACAAAAUAAUAGAAAUGUGUUAUCAAUUGAAGUAAAAAUAAAUCUUCUGUGUUAACAUUUAAAGCAAGGGCAGGAGUUGCAUGUUUUUCAGUGAACUAAUCUUUGGGGUUUUUGUGGGUUUUUUUUGUGGUAUGUAUGAAUUGUGAAAAAUCAUACUCUAUGAAAACUAAUCUCUGAUUGUAAAAUUCAUUAAUCAUUAAUUUUAAACUGUGAAAACAGGUCCUCAUGAAUAUUUUGAUGUUUUUAUUCCAAAUAUUUUGUGCGGUGAUGUUUAUAAAAGACAAGCUAUUUAUUAACAUUUAUUUAAUAGAAAAUUACAGUUAAUAUGUCAUUUUAAUACACAGAGAUUCAACAUAAAUUUUAUAAAUAAUAAUUGUAUUUUGGAACAUAUAGUGUGACAGCUAUUUUAGCAGGUGUCUUAAGUAACCAAGAUAUCUUUAUCAUUAUCAUACUCAGGGUUAUCAAAAUAACCAAAGGAUCAUCACAUUGUCUAUGCAAUAGAAGAUUUGUUAGGUUGUUAUCGAUUGUCAGAAAGUGCCAGAUUUUUAUUGGUCAGAAUAGAUUUAUGAAAAUAU